ACGCGCGAAAUUCAGAAUAGCACUUCUCCUCAGCAUCUGCCAAAGUUUGUAAAACGUUUGCGGCUUCUUCACAUUCUUUAACAAUUUCUUCCUCGAUUCACGCCUUUGAGUUUGCAGCUAUGUGUUACUUUUUGACACAUAGCAAGUGGAUUUGUUUUUAAAUAAAUGAACCAAUCAGAUACGAUCGCUGCGAACGUCGGCCGGCGAAGUAAUGACAUCCACCAGCUAUCCGAUUCUCCACUGUGUGGGGCGGAGGGGCGAAGCUUGUCGAAAGCUGUGGAGCAUGUGUAUACGUUUAGAAAUAUUUGGAAAAUAAGAUAUUUUUUUAUGAUUUUUUCUUAGCAUUUUCUUUUGCGGAUACGAUAUCUCUCCAUAAUCGAGUGCAGUGCGUGGCACUCAUCACGAAUUUGGUGUUGUCUGAAUCGGUGAACGACGUUUCCUCGCAAUGUCUGUUGCAGAAUUUCUAAAAGGAUUGCCGUCACAUGACGAAAACAACUUUGCUAAUUUUCACACCGACAAUGGAAAUCGAACUUGCAUCAAAAGACCUUCUGUAUAUCUACCCACCAAGGAUUACCCAUCUGAUCAAAUAAUUGUGACUGAAAAGACGACUAUCCUCCUAAGGUAUCUACACCAACAAUGGGACAAAAAGAGUGCUGAUAAAAAACGGGAACUCUUAUCUGGUGGUGGAGAUUCUCAAGAAGAGGUAACAGCCACACGCAACAAAAGGCCAAGACUUGAGUUGAACAACACGCUCUAAUGGUGUAAUUCUAAUAUUAACGAAGUAUGGAAAAAAGUUUGCAUCGUGACAAUUUGUAUAAUGAAUAAUAUAAUAGCUGAAGUAGUUAUUGUGCAAAAUAAUUUCAGAUAUAGAGUCAGUUUUAAUACAAAAACGUUGUAGCUAACCAUUUUUUACCAUGAAUUGUUGGUAUCAUUUCAUAUUGAGAUUCGCUGCACGCACUCGUUUUUUCAUUUACUAAGUAAAUAUAAUAAGAAUGAUGUAUUAUAUAAAUAUUUAUUUGAUAACUUUUUUUUUUGUUACGCAUGAAGAUUACUUUGGCAAUGUUUUAAAUUCUUUACUAUAAGUGUAAAAUACAGAGCCAAUCCACGCAGCACGUAGUUCAUAAAUUAUUGGAAAAAUAUUCAAGUAUGACCAAUGGACAUAUGCAUACAACAGUAGAGAGGAAAUUUUUCCGAUAUCGCCAAUCUGAUAUUACCUGGUUCAAGUAAGCCUGUAAUAAAUGACGAUUAUGGUUUUUGACAUAUUUUAUACCUCCUGUAACAUUCGUCGGGAACAAAUUGUCUGGUGAAAUGAUGUCAUAUGCAAAAGACGCAAUGUUUCAAAGUGUCAAUAACUUACCUAUUUCUUAUAUUUCCAAUGUGUUAUAAACUGCAAUUGGUUCAAGUAUUUAAGAACAGUGUUUGGAAAAAUAAUCUGAGACUAUUGCAUGGUGCUUCUUUCAUACUAGUGCAGUCCUUACUGUCUUCGUCUUUUUACUGUACGCCAUAUUGUUGAUUGCAAAAUGACGAGUGGAACAACUCAAUCGUUUGAUCAGAGAUUAUUUGUCACCCAGCAAUUGUAUUAACUGUUCGAUCCACUGAACAUCUGGGAUUGAAAUUUACAAAAAUAAAUCAGUUGGUUCCAUGUAUUCUCGAUGAUUAUUUAUGUAAGCGAAACAAAACAUUGUUCUUGUUUUUUUAAUUAAGUGAAGACUGGAUUAUUUACAUAAUUGAAAGAAUGGCGAUCGUUCACACGUUCGCGUUGUUAUGUUUUUACAUUUAAGAUUAUUUUGUCUGGAAUAAUUUGAACAAAAUUGAUGCCCAAAGAUUAAUAAAAAAUUGCAUUUAAUUAAAUUUUCAAUUAAUACUGAAAAAUUCGUUUGUGAAAUUAGAUUUAAUCUGUCCAAACUUAGCUGUAUUAUUACGUGAUAUCAAAAUAUAAACAAUUUUUUCCUAUUA